GCUUGGGGCUGGAGACGUUGUCGCCGUCGCUGGGCGGGGCAUAGAGGGAAGAGGCGGGGCAUAGGGCGCCGGUCACCGGAGCCGUCGGGCCGGGCGGCGGACAGCCGAGGACCGCGGGGCGGCGCCGUGUCCUCCGCCAUGACAGAUCAGACCUACUGUGACCGGCUGGUACAGGACACACCUUUCCUGACGGGGCAGGGUCGCCUGAGCGAGCAGCAGGUCGACAGGAUCAUUCUCCAGCUGAACCGAUACUACCCACAAAUCCUUACCAACAAGGAGGCGGAAAAGUUCCGGAACCCCAAGGCGUCCCUGCGUGUACGGCUCUGUGACCUCCUAAGCCACCUGCAGCGGCGUGGGGAGCGGCACUGCCAGGAGUUUUACCGAGCACUGUACAUCCAUGCCCAGCCCCUGCACGGCCACCUGCCCAGCCGCUGUGCUGUUCAAAACUCAGAUUGCAGAGAGCUGGACUGGGGCAGCGAGAGCCGUGAGCUGAGUGACAGGGGCCCCAUGAGCUUCCUGGCAGGCCUAGGCCUCGCAGCGGGCCUGGCCCUCCUCCUCUACUGCUGCCCUCCAGACCCCAAAGUGCUGCCGGGGACUCGUCGCAUCCUUGCCUUCUCACCCAUCAUCAUUGAUAGGCAUGUUAGCCGCUACCUGUUGGCCUUCCUGGCGGAGGACCUCAGAGGGUUCUGACAGACCCAGACUCUGCGCCUUACCUGCUGCUUAACCAAAGAAUCCCCUGGAUGCCUACUGUGGGGUCCAUACCUUUUUUCUAAAUACUUAUUUUUCAUUAUUUAUAAUUUCUAUGAGAAUACAUCACCUUCACUCUACAAGGUGCUUAAUAUUAAAUGUUCCAACUGUC